AAUAUAGUUUAAUAUCAAGCCUUGUAGGCAACAUAUUACUACAGUCAUUUUCGGCAAGCACAGUAAAACAUUAAAGAAGUGGCCAAGUGUGGUUUCAUUGAGUUGAAAAUGAAGAAUAUUUUUGUGUUGGCCAGUGCCUUGCUGGUCCUGGCAGCUAGCGUAAAUGCCGCCAGCUUGAGCCAAAGUGCACGCGCCGCCGAUAAUGCUCUAUACAGUCGCUUUUUGUGCCGCAAUAGACCGAAUGGCUUCAAGACAAUGGUGCCUGGUAGUUGUACCAGCUACUAUAAGUGUUAUAAUGGUGCAAGCCUACAAAUCGAUUGCCCUUACUACUAUGAUGGUGUGAAAAAUAUGUGCGUUGAUACAAAUCCCGGUUGUGUUGAAGAUUUGGCUGAUGUUGCGACCGCACCGAAAGCUAUUCGUGCAGCACCAUGUGAUGGUGUUGUUAAGGGUUACGUGGUUGGUGAAAAUCAGGCGCAAUGGUAUCAGUGUCUAAAUAGUGCUGUGAUAAAUUCUGGCGUUUGUCCCAGUGGACAGGAAUAUAAUUUGGUAUUACUGCAAUGUGAUGUUAAAUCGUCAUGCGGUGGUGCUGAUCAACCAUCAUGCAGUGGAAAUGAUGCAACUACUCUUGCGCCAGCAACUGAAACUCCAACUCCAACGCCAUGUGCACCAGUAACUGAAACUCCAACUCCAACGCCAUGUGCACCAGUAACUGAUGCGCCAACCCCGCCCGCACCAGUAACGGAUACGCCAACUCCAACGCCAUGCGCACCAGUAACUGAUGGUCCAACCUCCCCCGCACCAGUACCGGAAACUCCAACUCCAACUCCAUGCGCACCAGUAACUGAUGGUCCAACCUCCCCCGCACCAGUAACGGAUACGCCAACUCCAACUCCAUGCGCACCAGUAACUGAUGCUCCAACCCCCCCCACACCAGUACCAGAUACUCCAACUCCAACUCCAUGCGCACCAGUAACUGAUGGUCCAACGCCCCCCGCACCAGUACCGGAUACUCCAACUCCAACUCCAUGUGCACCAGUAACUGAUGCGCCAACCACCCCCGCACCAGUAACUGAAACUCCUACUCCAACGCCAUGUGCACCAGUAACUGAUGGUCCAACCCCCCCCGCACCAGUAACGGAUACUCCAACUCCAACGCCAUGCGCGUCAACAACUACCACAACAACGCCGGUACCCCCAACAACAACUACAACCACAUGCGCACCAACAACUACCACAACAACAACGGUACCCCCAACAACAACUACAACCACAUGCGCACCAACAACAACUACAACUACUAGCAAACCAACAACUACCACAACCACAUGCGCACCAACAACUACCACAACAACAACGGUACCCCCAACAACAACUACAACCACAUGCGCACCAACAACAACUACAACUACUAGAACACCGACAACUACAACAACCACAUGCGCACCAACAACAACUACAACUACUAGCACACCAACAACUACCACAACCACAUGCGCACCAACAACAACUACAACUACUAGCAAACCUACAACAACUACAACUACUAGCAAACCAACAACUACCACAACCACAUGCGCACCAGUAACGGAAACUCCAACUCCAACGCCAUGCGCACCAGUAACUGAUGUAACUGAUGGUCCAACGCCCCCCGCACCGGAUACUCCAACUCCAACGCCAUGCGCACCAGCAACUACAACGCCCAACGCACCAGUAACUACCACAACCACAUGCGCACCAACAACAACUACAACUACUAGCACACCGACAACUACCACAACCACAUGCGCACCAACAACAACUAAACCUACUUGCACACCAACAGUAACACCAACAGUUACACCAACAGUAACACCAACGGUAACACCAACGGUAACACCUACAGUAACACCAACGGUAACACCAACAGUAACACCAACAGUAACACCAACUGUAACCCCAACAGUAACACCAACGUGCACUCCAACGGUAACACCAACAGUAACACCAACAGUAACACCAACUGUAACCCCAACAGUAACACCAACGUGCACUCCAACGGUAACACCAACAGUAACACCAACAGUAACACCAACAGUAACACCAACAGUAACACCAACAGUAACACCAACAGUAACCCCAACAUGCACACCAACUGUAACACCAACAGUAACACCAACGUGCACUCCAACGGUAACACCAACGGUAACGCCAACAGUAACACCAACAGUAACACCAACAGUAACGCCAACAGUAACACCAACAGUUACACCAACAGUAACACCAACGGUAACACCAACUGUAACACCAACAGUAACACCAACAGUAACCCCAAAGUGCACACCAACGGUAACACCAACAGUAACACCAACGGUAACACCAACUGUAACACCAAAAGUAACACCGACGUGCACACCAACGGUAACACCAACUGUAACACCGACACCAUGCUCCACAACGACAGUUAAGCCACCGUGCACACGAACAACACCACCAUGCACAACAACUCCAUGCCCAACAAUAACUACACCAUGCCCGCAAAGCUCUCUGUAUAUAAACAAUAUACCACACGAAACCCCAAGCGAAACGUUACAGUCCAACGUAUAUGUGCGACCGUCUCAGCAAGCGGUCCGACCCAUAUCUGUCUUACCACCGCAAUCUCAUCAAUCUAAUAUGGAUUUAUACAUAAAAUACGUGUGUCAAGGCAAACCAACCGGUUUUAUGCUACCCUCACUGAGGAGCUGCAACGAAUACUUCAUUUGCCGUAACGGUCUUGCACUGAAAGUCAGUUGUGGCAGCGCCUAUUUCAACGCCAUGAAGGGACAAUGCGAUUUGCCGGAGAAUAGCGGUUGCAUACAACCAUAUCAGCGAUUGAAUUGAAAUUUGACACUUUGACUUUGAACUAUAAAUGCCAAUUCAUUUAUGCUAAAGGGAGAAACGAAAACAUAACGAUAAUUAUUGCACUACAAUAUAUACAUACAUACACAAGUUUAUAUGGAAAUGUAUAUGUAUUUGUAAUUUUAUAAAGAUUCUAAAUAUAUAAUAUAUAUUAUUGAGCAAGAUAUUCAUGAGAAUGUAAACAAA